GUGUGAAUGGUUCAUUUCAGAAUUUCAAAACCUUUAAUGUAAAAGCUUUUUUUUUUUUUUUUUUUUUUUUUUUUAAGGAAAUCCACAGAUUUUGUUUCUCAAGGUUGCGCUGGACCUGGGAGGAGUGUUGGUGUGCACAUACUAUUGUAUGGUUUUAUUUAUUUAUUAUUAUUUUUAAAUUUUUUUUUAUUUUUGCCUUGCAUAUCAGCCGGAAGAUUUUUUCCAAGUGCCAUUUCGGAAAUUUUUUUUUAUUUGGUCUCUCGAACAUAUUAUCUGCCCUUGUCAUUUUAAGCAUUGGAUACCAGAGAAUUAUUUUCCCCUCUUUGGAGCUUGAGGCUUCCUUGCCAACAGAAGGACAGCUGGGAAAACUGAAUUAAAAGGAUGGUUUUUAUCUGUGUUUUGCAGUUAAGACUGAUAUUUUGAAGGCACGUUCUUUCUGUGAUUCGUUUUUUAUUCACUGUGCUAAUCUUGAAGAGAUUUGUGGUUGAGAUUUUGGUUUCCAAGAAGGUCAUAGUUUUUCCUCUUUGAAGAAGGGGGAGGGGAAAAGGUGGGAUAAGAAAGGAGACCAUGUUGACUGCUAGAAGUAGAAUGGAGCUUCAGUUACCAGGGUCCUGAGAGCUGAAAGAAAAAGGAUUCAAUCUUCAAGUUGGGAGGUCCUCUUCUCGUCUCAGUUAAAAAUUGCAAGAGAGUCAAACCUGAUCAAGACCAAAGCUGCAGGAUUCUGAGACACUGAAGACACUGAGAAACCAUGAGUGUAAGGUUACCCCAGAGUAUAGACAGAUCAGCCAAUAAAAAGCAGUCUCACCUGUCCAGCCCCAUUGCAGCCUGGUUAAGUAGCCUGUCUUCCCUGGGAGAUUCUGCACCUGAGCGCAAGUCCCCUUCUCACCACCGCCAGCCCUCUGAUACCUCCGAGACAUCAGGUCUUGUUCAACGCUGUGUCAUUAUCCAGAAGGACCAGCAUGGCUUUGGCUUCACAGUCAGUGGAGAUCGAAUUGUUCUGGUUCAGUCUGUACGGCCUGGGGGCGCAGCCAUGAAAGCUGGAGUGAAAGAGGGUGACCGGAUCAUCAAAGUCAACGGCACCAUGGUGACCAAUAGCUCACACCUGGAGGUAGUGAAACUUAUCAAAUCUGGUGCCUAUGUUGCAUUGACUCUCCUGGGCUCUUCACCUUCAUCUGUUGGUGUCUCUGGGCUCCAACAGGAGCCAUCAGGAGGAGCUCCCCGAGCCACCCCCAUGAUACCACCCCCACCUCCACCUCCACCUCUACCACCUCCACAGCGCAUCACAGGACCCAAACCCCUGCAGGAUCCUGAAGUUCAGAAACAUGCCACGCAAAUCCUCAGAAACAUGCUGAGGCAGGAGGAGAAAGAACUACAGCGUAUCUGUGAGGUGUAUAGCCGGAACCCUGCCAGCCUGCUGGAAGAGCAAAUCGAAGGUGCCCGUCGGCGAGUCACUCAGUUACAGCUGAAGAUCCAGCAGGAGACAGGUGGCUUAGUGGACGUUCUUCCUCUCUAUGGAGAUGUCAAUCAGAGACCAUCAGAAGGCCACCUCUCUCUAGAGUCCCAGGAGGCAGACAGUGGCUUGGAUUCUGGGACAGAACGCUUCCCCUCGCUCAGUGAGUCAUUGGUGAAUCGCAACUCAGUACUGUCAGACCCUGGACUAGAUAGUCCUCGAACCUCCCCUGUGAUCAUGGCCAGGCUGGGCCAGCACCAUAGACGGCAGGGCUCGGACACAUCAGUCCUCCUAACCAGUGACCAGGGUGUGGAUCCAGUCCCAAAACCUUUGAUUAUUGGCCCAGAGGAAGAUUAUGACCCAGGUUAUUUCAACAACGAGAGCGACAUCAUCUUCCAGGAUCUUGAAAAACUGAAGUCACGUCCAGCUCACCUGGCAGUUUUCCUACGUUAUAUCUUCUCUCAGGCAGACCCCAGUCCACUGCUUUUUUACUUGUGUGUAGAAGUUUAUCAGCAGACAAACACCAAAGAUUCCCGGAGUUUGGGAAAAGACAUCUGGAAUAUUUUCCUAGAAAAAAAUGCGCCUCUCAGAGUGAAGAUACCUGAGAUGUUACAGGCUGAAAUUGAUGUGCGCUUGCGGAAUGGCGAGGAUGCUCGCAGUGUUCUCUGUGAAGCUCAGGAGGCAGCCAUGCCAGAGCUCCAAGAGCAAAUCCAUGAUUAUAGAACAAAGCGUACUCUGGGACUGGGAAGCCUGUAUGGUGAAAAUGACCUACUAGAUCUGGAUGGGGACCCUCAGCGGGAGCGCCAAGUGGCUGAGAAACAGCUGGCCGCCCUCGGAGAAAUCUUAUCCAAGUAUGAGGAAGACAGGAGUGCCCCCAUGGACUUUGCCCUCAAUACCUACAUGAGCCAUACUGGAAUCCGUCUUCGGGAAGCACGACCCUCCAAUACAGCUGAAAAGGCCCAGUCUGCUGACAAGGACAAGUGGCUACCCUUCUUCCCUAAAACUAAGAAGCAGAGUAGCAAUUCCAAGAAAGAAAAGGAUGCCUUGGAGGACAAGAAGCGAAACCCCAUCCUCAAAUACAUUGGGAAGCCCAAAAGCUCCUCUCAGAGCACAUUUCAUAUUCCCUUGUCCCCUGUGGAAGUCAAGCCGGGCAAUGUAAGGAACAUCAUUCAGCACUUUGAGAACAGCCAGCAGUAUGAUGCCCCAGAACCGGGGACACAGCGACUCUCCACUGGAAGCUUUCCUGAGGACCUGCUGGAGAGUGACAGUUCACGCUCAGAGAUUCGCCUGGGCCGCUCUGAGAGCCUCAAAGGCCGGGAAGAGAUGAAACGGUCUCGGAAGGUGGAGAAUGUGCCCCGCUCUCGAAGUGAUGUUGACAUGGAUGCUGCUGCUGAGGCCACGCGCCUCCACCAGUCGGCCUCAUCCUCUGCCUCCAGCCUCUCCACCAGGUCUCUUGAGAACCCAACCCCUCCCUUCACCCCUAAAAUGGGCCGCAGGAGCAUUGAAUCCCCCAGCCUGGGCUUCUGCACAGAUGCCCUCCUACCCCACCUCCUAGAAGAUGAUCUGGGCCAACUCUCUGACUUGGAACCAGAGCCAGAUGCUCAAAACUGGCAACACACCGUGGGCAAGGACGUGGUGGCCGGGCUGAACCAGAGAGAGAUUGACCGGCAAGAGGUCAUCAACGAACUGUUUGUGACUGAGGCAUCCCACUUGCGCACACUUCGGGUCCUGGACCUCAUCUUUUACCAGCGAAUGAAGAAGGAGAACCUGAUGCCCCGGGAGGAGCUGGCCCGGCUAUUCCCUAACCUGCCUGAACUCAUAGAGAUUCACAAUUCUUGGUGUGAAGCCAUGAAAAAACUCCGGGAGGAGGGCCCCAUCAUCAAAGAUAUCAGUGACCUCAUGCUGGCUCGGUUUGAUGGCCCUGCCCGAGAGGAACUCCAGCAAGUGGCUGCACAGUUCUGUUCCUAUCAGUCAAUAGCCCUAGAGCUGAUCAAGACCAAGCAACGAAAGGAAAGCCGAUUUCAGCUUUUUAUGCAGGAGGCUGAGAGCCACCCUCAGUGCCGGCGGCUGCAGCUCCGAGACCUCAUCAUCUCUGAGAUGCAACGGCUUACCAAGUACCCACUGCUGCUGGAAAACAUCAUCAAACACACCCAGGCUGGCACUUCAGAACAUGAGAAGCUGUGCCGGGCCCGAGACCAGUGCCGGGAGAUUCUCAAGUUCGUGAAUGAAGCAGUGAAGCAGACUGAGAACCGGCACCGGCUAGAAAGUUACCAGAAACGCCUGGACACCACUGCCCUGGAGAGGGCCAGCAACCCCCUGGCAGCAGAAUUCAAGAGCCUGGAUCUUACAACCAGGAAGAUGAUCCAUGAGGGGCCUCUGACCUGGAGGAUCAGCAAGGAUAAGACUUUGGACCUCCACGUGCUGCUGCUGGAGGACCUGCUAGUGUUGCUGCAGAGACAGGACGAGCGGCUGCUGCUGAAAUGCCAUAGCAAGACAGCUGUGGGCUCCGCGGACAGCAAGCAGACAUUCAGCCCCGUGCUCAAGCUCAAUGCCGUGCUCAUCCGCUCUGUGGCCACAGAUAAACGGGCCUUCUUCACCAUCUGCACAUCUGAGCUAGGCCCUCCCCAGAUCUAUGAGCUGGUCGCACUGACAUCAUCAGACAAGAACACAUGGAUGGAGCUCCUAGAAGAGGCUGUGCGGAACACCACCAGACACCCCGGAACUGCCCCCAUUCCCAUUCUUCCCCGGCCUCCUGGCCCCCAGGAGCCACCUCACCAAGGCCCAACCCCCAGCAGGAUGGAACUGGAUGACUCAGAAGUGUUCCAUGGUGAAGCAGAGCCUGAGGAGCUACCUGAAGGUCCUGGAACUCAGCAAAGAGUCCAGGGGAAGCAACCAGUGCCACCAGAGGAGCCUGAGCAGAGAGGCAGUGCAGAGGAAGAGGAGCUGGAGGCCCUGCCUCUUGCUCCUACAUCCCUGAAUGGAGAGAACAGGGGCAUCAGGACACGGGACCUCAUCAACCUGGCUCUACCAGGUCCCCUGUUCAUGGAAGGCCUUGCUGAUUCAGCCUUGGAAGAUGUGGAGAACCUGCGGCACCUGAUCUUGUGGAGUCUCCUGCCAGGUCACACCACGGACACUCGGGCCACUGCGGAGCCUGAGGAUGACCUAACACCUACACCUUCUGUUGUCAGCAUCACCUCUCACCCCUGGGACCCAGGCUCCCCAGGGCUAGCUCCCAUUAGAGGUCACAAGGACAAUACCCAGCUCCCAGAACCAGAAGAAGGCCAGCUACAGCACGAGGAUAUGGCUCGCUCUCUGGCACACCUGCCCCCAAGGACCAGAAAUUCUGGGAUCUGGGAAUCUCCUGAGCUGGAUAGGAAUCCACCUGAAGAGGCAUCAAGCACAGAAGCAUCAGGAAAUUAUAAAGUUGUAAGAAAAGCUGAGGUGGUAGGCAACAAGGCUGUCCCUGCACUGCCAGAGAGUGGCCAGUCAGAACCUGAGCCACCCGAAGUGGAAGGCGGAACAAAGGCUACGGGGAACUGUUUUUAUGUCAGCAUGCCAGCAGGACCAGUGGACUCCAGCACCGACCCUUCAGGAAUAGCCACAAGCCACCCCCAGCCACAAGCAGGCAAUGGAGAUCAAAGACUCUCCAGCCACUCUUCCUCUGGCCUAGCCCUCAGGGACGUGGGCAUGAUCUUCCGUACCAUCGAGCAGCUCACCCUCAAACUUAACAGGCUCAAGGACAUGGAGCUGGCCCACAAAGAAUUACUAAAAUCGUUUGGUGGCGAGUCCUCUGGUGGCACCACACCUGUGGGCAAUUUCCACACAGACACAUCCAGAUGGACAGACAGCUCCAUCUCUCCUUCAACCAAGGAAGCCCUGGCCUGUGAUCCCCAGGACAGCUGUGAGCCAGAGUCCUACCCUGAAGACGGCUGUGACACCCUUCUGGAAGACAACACUACAGAUACACCUGUGUCACCAGGACUGUAGCCACCAUGACAACCAAAUCCUGCACAUCCCUGCUUCUCCAUCAGGGACAAGCCUGAGGCAGGGGUGCAGACAGGGAGGCCUCAGACUGCCUCCCUGGGGAAGGGGCAGUUGGGAAAUGAAUGCAGCCAAGGUCUGGGGGAGACCCGAGUGUUGCUUGAUCUGCACAGAUCGAAGCCAAGUCUCAGUGUCUUUCCCAUAUCUCUAGCCCAGUCCUCCAGGGCCUCCAUCUCCUGAGCAUGUUGACUGCAUCUGAAAGACCCCUACUUGACCUUAUUGGCAGUGGUCUCCCCGCCCCACAUAGCAUGUGAACCUGUGUGCACCCUGCGUGCAGGUGAAAGGAGGAGGCUUCAGUGUAAAUGCACUUUCUUCCUCCCCUUCUCCUCAGGACCCCAGACUAAGCUGGGUGUCUCUUCUCUUGGUCACUUUGGAUUCCUAUAAAUAUGUAUGUAUUGUAUGUGCAUCUUUGCUGUUGUAAAUAACUUGACUUUUCUGUUUCUGUCCCUGAGUGUUGGAGGUAAUUACAGAAGGGAUUGCUAAGGGAAGAGGUGUAGGGCUUUCACUCGGAUCCCUUCAAAACAAUCCAACCCACCUAAGGACGGCCUGAAGGAGGAGACAGACGAGACUGUCCCUGUGCCAUAUGGGGAGGUCUCCUGGCCCCUCCUCUGUGGCCUGGUGCUGAGCUGCCACAUCUCCUUGGACUUAGAGGACCUAGCUCAUCAGGACAGGACCUGUGGAGAACUUCUCAUACCAUUGUGUCCUCCCCUCCUUACCUGCCCCUGUAGAAACUCAUGUAGCAGGUAUGGGGCUGAAGAUGGACACCAAGAGAAGGGCAAGGGAUUUGAAGCUAGAGUCCCUGAAUUAACCCAGGAUCAUCCCUGGGGGCCACCACAACUUUGGCCAUCACCAUGUCCUCACACUAGCCCCCACCAAUGACUAAAUAUACACACUGUGCUAGGUGUAUAUAUACAUAUAUAUAAAUAUAUAUAAUAUAUAAAAUAUAGAUAUGGAAAUGAC